UGUUGCGAGUUGAUGCGUGUGAGUGUUCGGCUUUGUUCCGAGCUUUCUCAGCUUCAUUUAGACCAACACAUAAGCGUGCUUUCCUACACGUGGCGUCCCGUGGUUCUCCUAUUUUCGAUUAGUUUGCGUUUCUGAAGCUUAUUACUUUCCCCGUGUAGCGAACAGCAGCUUCCGUUGUAAUUUCAGCCCUCUUAGUCAGCUAGCGGAUUCUCUAAUCGUAGCAUCGACUCCAGCCCGCGGAGAAGGGAAGCCGUUAGUACAGUUGAAUAAUUCGCUCUCCAAUAUCCUAUAUCCAGAGGACCCUUGCUUAACCUUGUAUCGUGCCCAACCCAGUCGGGUCAGCCAUGGCGGCGAAUCCUCAGCUGGACGGUCAGGGGAUUCCGGUGCCGUUUGUGGGGGAGGUGAUGGUGCUGCGGCGCGACGGCAUCGAGUUCCACGUCGAUAAGAUGCCACAGGUGGCGAGCGGCAAGUGGGUGGGGCGCGGCACGCUCUUCCUCUCCAACAUCCGCAUGGUCUUUGUUGCCCAGCCGGCCUCCCAGCCGCCGCUCCUCGCCUUCGACAUGCCUCUCCUGUACGUGCACGGGGAGAAGUUCAACCAGCCUAUAUUUGGCGCCAACAACAUCUCCGGCGUCGUGCUACCUGUGGCGGACAGCAGUGUGCAUGCGGCAAUGCAGACACCGCACGCGUUCACCAUCUACUUCAUGCACGGCGGCGUGGGCACCUUCCUCCCGCUCUUCUUCUCCAUCCUCCGCGGCCUCCGCUCCUCCGCCCACCCCUCCUCCUUUCCAGCCUCGCCCGCCGCCGCACCCAGCACAGCAGGCCAGUCCCCCCCGCCCGUGGACCCACUUCCCACGCAGCGGCUGCCUGUGGAUGACAUGGUGCGCAGCGCAUACAUGGACCCCAAUGACCCCACCACCGUGUACUUGCAGCAGCCCUCGUCCUUCUCAGCGCAGGGGCUCCGGCGCAGGGACACCUACAGGCCCCCCACGCCAACCGCUUAGACUCUAUGCCUGGAGGUCUUGUGGGCUAGAGGAUUUGCCGUGCAGCCUGGCUGCUGCAGGUCCUCUCGGCUCGGCUGUUGCGUGAUUUGGUUGUACUGGUGGUACAUCCUUUGUACAGUGCAGCCUGCAAACAUACGGUACCUACCAGCACUGGCAUCAGCAGUGCUAGUCACCCCAUUAGGAGAUAGGGUGCAACUGAUAUAUCAUUAACUCAUGAAGUCGGCCCAGUGUAGUCCUCCUGGGUACUGAGUGUACUACAGCGCUGGGAGAGCACAACCACGACCGCACUGCCGUGUCGCUAAAGUGGUUAAGAAAUGUCUCGGAAGUUACAUGUCCCUUUGUGAGGCAUGCCCUGGUCGCUGGGCAGGCUUCAGGCCUAGUGUAGAGAAACGGACAUGUACGACCAUAAACCAACACCUUCAGU